AUGGGUAACACCAGUUCCAAACCUUCGUCGCGAAAGAAGAAAACCGAGCAUGACAGCAGCAGCGCGCCCGCGUUUGCCCGCAGCGACACCGCGCAGUCGGUGAAGUCGUCACGGUCCGCGAAGUCGGCGCGAUCGAAGCGAUCGCAGUCGUCGUUGGUGCAGGCCGGCUCUGGAUCGGACACAAACCUGACGCCGGAGCCUCUCAAGACCACGAGCUCCUUCUCCAGGCGAAAUAGCGCCGUCUCCUCGGGGCUGCAGCCGCCGCUGUCGAAACGCGGCAGCAGCAGCAGUGUGUUUCGGGAGUCGCCGACCCAACUGCAGGUGGGCGGAGAUUUACCCCCGUCCAUGAUACAAAUGGAGCCCAAGUCGCCCAUCCUGAAGAACUCCCUCUCCGUGAGCAACAACAGCACCACCUCGUACCGCGACAGCGCCAUCGCGGACGACGACGACGACGACGACAACGAAAACGACGAGAACGACCUGUUCCAGCAGCAGCCCCACCACCAUCGUCGCCGAAGCAACGACUCCCGGCGCUUCACCCAAAAGUCUCCCAGCUCUGGAAGUAGGAGUAACAGUGCAUCCAGCUCCAAGCGCAGGAGCGGCUCCCACCUGGACGUGCCGGACAACAACGCGAGCCCCAUACAGCCCAGCAGGACCUCCUCCCAUUCCUCGAUGGGUCUGAGCAGCGGCAGCGCGGGCAACGGCGGCGCGGGCGGUGCUGCCAAUGCUGCUGCCAAUGCUGCCGGUGCCGGUGCCGGUGCGGCCGCUGGCAGUUUUGGAGGCGGCAGCCAUAGUCGAAAGUCAUCCUUCGGGAGUACCGCCGGCAACAACAGCACCUACACGACUCCCAUGAACUCUCCCGGCUUUUUCAAGAGUUCCCAAGACGGCUAUUUUGCAUCCGAACAAUCCGAGCUCAACGCUGCCAACAGUCCCCAAGUAUCCCGCCCCAGGAGGAACUCCGUCGAUGAAUAUCCUCAUGAAGUUUCUCACAGCAUCGAUAUCGAUGACGAUACCAACACCUCCAUCACCACCAAGACCGUGACACGAAAAAAAUCCAUAAGACCCAUCGACAUCGAUGAAACUAUACAAAAACUGUUAGACGCAGGCUACGCUGGUAAGCGAACCAAAAACGUAUGUUUGAAGAAUUCCGAAAUUGCACAGAUUUGCAACCAAGCGCGCGAAAUAUUCUUGUCCCAACCUUCUCUGCUGGAACUGUCACCCCCGGUCAAAAUCGUCGGGGACGUACAUGGUCAAUACGCGGAUGUCUUGCGACUAUUCACCAAAUGUGGUUUCCCACCGUCGGCUAACUAUCUCUUACUGGGGGACUACGUCGAUAGAGGCAAGCAGUCGUUGGAGACUAUUCUGCUGUUACUAUGUUACAAGAUAAAAUAUCCAGAGAAUUUCUUCCUAUUGAGAGGCAACCAUGAAUGUGCCAACGUUACACGGGUCUAUGGCUUCUACGACGAAUGUAAACGUCGGUGUAACAUCAAGACUUGGAAAAUUUUCAUCGACACUUUCAAUACGUUACCGUUGGCUGCCAUUGUAGCCGGGAAAAUUUUCUGCGUGCAUGGCGGUCUUUCUCCGGUUCUAAAUUCCAUGGAUGAAAUAAGGCACGUUAGCAGACCCACAGAUGUGCCCGAUUUCGGCUUGAUCAACGACUUACUUUGGUCGGAUCCAACCGAUUCUCCCAAUGAAUGGGAAGACAACGAAAGAGGCGUAAGUUACUGUUACAACAAAGUGGCCAUCAACAAAUUUUUGAACAAGUUCGGAUUCGAUUUGGUGUGCAGGGCACACAUGGUCGUGGAAGAUGGAUACGAGUUUUUUAACGAUAGGAGUUUGGUUACCGUAUUUUCAGCUCCGAAUUAUUGUGGGGAAUUCGAUAAUUGGGGGGCGGUUAUGAGUGUCAGCGAAGGAUUACUCUGUAGCUUCGAACUACUGGAUCCCUUGGACAGCGCUGCUAUAAAGCAAGUCAUGAAAAAGGGGAGACAGGAACGGAAACUUGCCAAUCAACAACAAUUAUCACAGGAGUGA